ACGCAAAUAAUGGGUUUAAAGUGAUGUUUUCCAAAACUUAAUUGAUCGUUAUAUCACGUGACACAAAUAACAACGAGAAUUCCACCAUAUUUUGGUGGCAGAACUGGUUGUCUUGUAACCUUGAAACUUCGGGAAUGUGUUUUUUUCUGUUCGAAAAUGAGAUGACCAAAAUUUAACAAAAUGAAGAAGCUGUUUCCAUUUAAAAUUGAAUCAACGGGGACCCAAAAUCCCUACAUAGGCAAAGUUUUUACAAUUGGAAGGUUUACAGUAACAGUUGAGGAUGUUUUAGCCGAAGGGGGUUUUGCCAUUGUUUUCCUUGUCAAAGCACAGAAUGGAAACCACUAUGCACUUAAAAGAUUAUUUGUAAACAAUGAUCAUGAUCUUACUGUGUGUAAACGGGAAAUACAUAUUUCGAAAACCCUCAGUGGACACAAGAAUAUCAUACGUUAUGUGGACUCCAGCAUUUCAAUGGCCCCAAAUAAAGUUUAUGAGGUUAUGUUAUUGAUGCAAUAUUGCAGAGAUAAUGUGAUACAACAGAUGAAUGAAAAAAUUAACUCUGGCUUCUCUGAGAAAGAAGUGCUGAAGAUUUUCUGUGAUGUAUGUGAGGCAGUAGCCAGGUUACACCACUGUCAAACACCAAUAAUACAUAGAGAUUUAAAGGUGGAAAAUAUAUUAGUAUCUGAGGAUGGCCAUUAUGUAUUGUGUGAUUUUGGGAGUGCUACAGCCAAAGUAUUAUUACCAGGUCAACAAAAUGUUCAGCAAAUUGAGGAGGAAAUAAGAAAGUACACAACAGUUUCUUACCGAUCUCCAGAAAUGGUGGAUUUAUAUGGAGGAAAGGCAAUUACAACAAAAGCUGAUAUCUGGGCCCUGGGUUGCUUACUGUACCGGUUGUGCUUUUUCACUUUACCCUUUGGUGAGAGUACAUUGGCAGUACAAAGUGGAAACUUCACCAUUCCAGAUGGUUCCAGGUUCUCAAAGAUGAUGCAUUCUCUCAUUGGUUAUAUGCUGGAGGUUGACCCCGACAAGCGACCUGACAUUUACCAGGUGUCUUGGCUGGCCUUCAGUAUGUGUCACAGGGACUGUCCAAUCCCCAACAUGAGUGGCGUACCCUUGCCAGAUCUGAGUAGAUUGCCUGUCCCACUCACUGAGUCUGAAUCCAGACAAGUGAAGACCUCAGCUACAAAAAAUGUCUCUGUUCAACCUAUUGAAAGCACAACUGUGACCCCAAGGUCACGACCUAAAGGUCAAGCUGUCCCUCAGGUUAAUUCUUUGGGCUUACCUAUACAGACAUCUGUUGUACCUAGGAAACGACCAACACCAGUCAACCCAAAUCCUGUGGUUCAACAAAACUUAGCAGAAUCUAAACCAGUGAGAGGUGCUGUUCCACCCCAGCCAUCUUUCCAGAAUCCCCCAGCCCAGCCAUCUUAUCAGAACCCUGCUCGAGUACAACAGACCCCCCAGCAACAGCCAACACCAUCUGUUCCAGCCGGAGGUCAUGUGCCCCAGUAUUACCCUGGGCACCAACAGAAUGUGUACCAACCCCCUGCUCCAAACCACUUCCCAGGAACUAUUGCUCCUGGACAGUACAACACUACCAGUGGUCCCCAUUCACAAACAAACUAUAAUUCACAGCAGCAUGGUGUGGUAUACUCACAAAUGAACUAUGCACAGCAGAAACAGUUGUAUUACCAGCAACAAAAUCCAGCCCUGGCUCCUCCAGUGACACAAACCCUGCCCCCUCAGAGCCUGUCCCAGCAGGCUCCUGUACCCCAGAGUCAGCCCAGACAGCCGCCGGUGUAUCCCCCUCAAUCUAGUCCUCGCCCAGAAGUCCAGAAACAGAACAUGGAACAACAUUAUUUACAGCUACAGGACUCUACAAAUGUACAGAACAAUAACUCAAGUAAACCAGAGGUGUUUAAAAAGCCUACUGUGCCACAUUCCAAACCUAGAAGUGAAACGAAGGAAAAUAUGGAUUCACAACCUCUGAUCUCUAUCACUCCUCCAUCGUCCCCCAAACAUCAUAGAACCCACAAACGUAACGUUAGUGAUACCUACCUCACGCACCUCUCAAUGGGCGGCAAAGGAAGUGCAUUCAAGGCAUAUCAUUCCGACCGGAGCUUCCUACCUGCCCCCCAACACCUGGGAAAGUGCAAGUCUGCCUCCACUACUCCUAUACACUCUCCACCCAGGUCUCCUGGGAUGACAAGAGCUGUGUCAGCAGAUAUUGCAGAGUGGAAUCCAUUCGAUGACAACUUUGGGCCGGAUACAGAAGAGGAGUUGUUUGGGAAGGAGUUUGACAAAUUAAGGAGGGGAUCUAACAGCAGUAUAUCAAAUGUCAAGAGUAGAGAGGACCUAGUCAUGUCUGGAUCAGAUUCAUCUGAUCCCUUUGAAAAAGCACCCUUUAAAAAACCAGGUCACGUCAGGCACAGCAGCAGUUCUGACAGUGAUCAUCUCCGAAGUGCCAACAGCUCCCGCUCGGGUUACGGAGAUGAGGAUGAUCCUCCAAGGAGAUCAGAGGAGAAAGAUCAGACUGACAAUGCCAGCAGCCAGUUUUUCACCACAACCCUGAUGAAGGCAGCUAGGAGUCUUGGAUCUCGUUACCAGAAGUUUGUAGAUACCGAUGAAGAAAAAGAUGACAGACCACCCGCAGUGAAAGAAGUGGGAGAAACAAAGCAAAAAGAGCAUGAGUCUAGUUCCUCAUACGCUGAGGAUGAUCACCCAAUCAACCAAGUUCAGAACAUGAAGAAAGACUUCAGCUACCAGGAGUUGGAUGAUGAGUAUGGAAGUCGCCCUGUACCAGUGACAUCAAAACGAAAGGAGGGAGAGUGGAGUACAGAAAACGAUCCCAGCCCCAGCAAUGUGACCUCAGCCCCAGGGCAGGCUCAGCUCUCAACUGACAGAAUCAUGGGACAUGAGUAUGGGGUGCGACCGCUUCUGGAUGAUGAUGAGCUGGAAGAUGACUUCAGACCCCCUCACUUUCAUGGCAGUGUAGAGAUAGGGUUUUCUCAUGAACAUGACAGUGAUGACAGCCAUGGAGAGAGUAGUAACAGCACAGUGUCCCCUCAAAUUGGACUUAGUCCUGCCAUGUCCCCAUCUAAUGUCAAUGAAAAAAAUGACCCAUUUACUGCUGCUCCCUUCAGGAAAAGGUUUCCAAAGAAAAAAUCUUCCACAAGCAAUACUGUUUUGAUGAAAUCUUCCACAGGUGAUGGUGAUCCCUUUGCUAAAGCUCCAUUUCGUCCCACUUUUCUACCGAAGUCAAAGACACACCAUUCCAUGGGAGGAGGGUCAAGUCCUCUAUUACAAAUGAAUGAAGACUUUCGUAAACUGGAUAGGAAAAAUGAUGUGACUGCAAGCAUUCCAUAUGCAACUCUUCCAAGGAAAUCAACCUCAAAUAAGAUUUCUGGUUCAGCAUCUGUAGGGAUGUCCCCAGUUCAGGAAAAAGUGUCUUCUGAUAUAUUAUUUAUAGCAGAUCCUUUAUAUACAAAGUCCUGUCAUUCCAAUGCCAGCAGAAGUUCCUCUGUUCAGUAUCAGUCGUUAAACACUGAUGACCCGUUCAAGUCUGUUCCAUUCAAGGGGAAGCUAAAGAAAAAUAAAACAUCAAAAGAAGCCAUAAACAUUAUGGAUAUGGAGAUACCACCAACUGAGCCAGCAAAAACUGUGCAGGAAAUCUCAGCAAAUUUCACUCCAACCAAACCUAGCAUACCCAAAUCUCAUUCCUUUGGCUCAGUCUCUUCUCUUAGUUCUUCCAAAUCAGGUAGGCCCCUUCCCUCCCGAACUUCUGGAGAAAAACUUUAUCAGCAGUUGGAGGAGUUGACUAUUGAGAGGAGCGAGGAGCCUUUUACCUCACAUAGUCCUCAACUAGAUGAUCAUCUGAUCAACAAGGAGGACACAUCCGAGGAUGAGUUUGAGAAUGAAAUGUCCAAGUCAAAGUCCAAAGGCAGAAAAAGUCCAAAAGAUUACACAGAAACUGGCUUUUCCAAUAUGAGUUUUAAUGACGAUGAAAUGGCUGAUUCUUUGGAAUCAUAUCCUGCACAUAAUUCAUCUGUGAAAAACGUACAAGUUGCCAAUAUCUGUCAUCCAGCAUUCUCAAAGGAAAGUUCACCUUCUUCUGUAAUAAAAGCGUCGACCGAGGCCCUGAAGGUCAGUACUGGAGGUUAUGACACCUUCACAUGGCCCAGGAAACAGAGAAAGCUCGCAACAAACGAACCGUUCAGCUCAAAGAAGAAAGUGGAUGCUGUGUAGCAGCUAAUCAGUUGUUUUUAUUUUUGUUAAAUUCUAGGUUGUUCUGAUAGAAUUGUGAUAUUAUCAUUAUUCGUAAUAUUAUUAUUAUCCUUUCUUCAGGGUACACCAGAAUGUUGAUGUUACCUUUUCCCCCUAUUUUAUUACUUUUAUGAGCUGACAAUUAUCCUUUACUUUUUACAUUAUUUAUUUUUUUUCCUCCAUUUUCAUAUACUCAUAAUGUAGAAUACUAAUGUAUACAUCCAGUAGGAUGAUAUGACUACAUAAUGUAAGAUUUUCAGGCACAACAAAAAAGCAAGACUUUUAAUCUGUUUUAGAGAAGUCAGUUUUACAACAUGAAACCAGAAUCUCCCUUAAAUCAAGUUCUGGAAAGAAAUCAGCUUCAGUGUCUUCUUGGUACUAACUGUGCAUAAUAGGUGCUAAUUUUAUGUUUUCACAAAAUGCAUGCUUAUAUUUAUUUUUUUGUUUUAAAUGUGGCAUUUAUUGUUUGGAUUUUUUCUGUAAUUUAGUUGUGUUGUAAACAUACAUUGUCAUGCAAUAACACAGAAGGGACGAUAUCGAUCCUUCUUUAUGGAAUCAGCCUGCACCUGCCAGUUGCUUGAUUCUAAUGUGCUACUAUGGUACAAGUACUUGUAAAUGCAAGUAAUUUUCUUUGAGGACAUUCUUCCUGGUUAACUCAUUUGCUUAAGAUACCCAAUUUUAAUUUACUUUAUCUGUCCAGUUACUGAUAUGAAAAUGGUUUGAUUUACAUGAAAAAAAAGAUUAAAUAAAUAAAUACCAGUACUUGUACAUUGCAUCAAGACAUUAAAAAUAAUUUUGCUUGCCAAAAAUUUUAAGAUGGUAGUUUUUUCCCAGUUUUCAAACAGUAUACAUGUAUGUAAUAUAUAAACUUCUGUCAUGUCGUGCAUAAGUUCAAGGUCACGCUGGCUAAAUGACCUUGUGUUAUUUUGACUUUGUGUUAUGGUUGGUGAUUAGGCUUCAGCAAUACACUGUUCUGAUUAUUUUUUUUAUGUGUUGAACUGUGAUAUUGGUCUAUUGUUUUCUGUUCACUGCUGUAGAGUAAAUGUAAUACGGACUGUUUUUUCGAUGGUCCAUCCAGGUAUCAGCUGUUGAGUACAUGAAGUUACCAUAAUAAACUCUGCUAGAAUG